CAUAAUGCAGAAAUUUGGGUAUAAAUCCUUGAAAAUAAUUAAUGAUUAGAGAAGGAUCAUCAGAGUCCCUUCUUCUUUCCAUAAAGUCCAUUGAUCAAGUCCUCAUAGAAUGCAAGAAAAAUAUGUCUAAGACCUUUUCCAUGUCCCUUCUUCUCUCACUUUGCCUACUUCUUCAUGUCUUCCAGGCAAAGUGCUCAAGUCCCCUUGCGCCUGCUUUGUAUAUUUUUGGAGAUUCACUUACAGACAGUGGCAAUAAUAACAACCUUCACACACUUGCAAAAGCAAACUAUAAACCAUAUGGCAUGGACUUCCCGGAUGGUCCAACAGGAAGAUUCACUAAUGGCAAGACUCUGGUAGAUUUUCUUGCUCAAUUUCUUGGGCUACCUUUAGUUCCUCCAUACUUGGGUCUUUCAGUAGAUCAAAAGUUCAAAACAAUAACUGGAAUGAAUUAUGCCUCGGGAUCGGCUGGUAUCCUCCUUGAAACAGGAUCUGCAAUGGGGGUGAAUUCAGCCUUACAGGUACAAAUUGAAUUGUUCCAAGAAACUGUAAACCUUUACUUGCCAAAGAACUUCAAAACCAAAGAUGAGCUCUUGCAGUACUUAUCCAAGUCCAUUUUCAUUGUAGACAUAGGCAGCAAUGACUAUGUGAACAACUAUCUCAGACCAGCACAAUACACCAGUAGUCACCUAUACAGCCCUGAUCAAUUUGCCAGCCUUCUUUUAAAAGAAUUCAAACAACAUUUACAGGACCUUUAUAAUUUGGGAGCAAAGAAAUUUUUGGUAUUCAACCUUGCCCCAGUUGGGUGUACACCAGCCAUAAAAAUUAGAAACAAUAUUACAAGUGGAUGUGCAGAAGAUGUAAACCAGUUAGUAUCCCUUUACAAUAUGGACUUCCAUAGUUUGUUACAAGAGCUGAGAACCAGUCUUCAUGGCUCAACCUUUGUCGAGGGAGACAUGUAUGCAACAAUUAAUUCGAAUCGAAAUCCUUCUGAAUAUGGGUUUGCAAAUGGAAAUCGAUGCUGUAUUACAAGCAAUGAAACUAAUCAAUGCCUUAGAGAUGGGCCAACUUGCUUGGAUAGUUCUACACAUAUCUACUGGGAUGAAUUUCAUCCAACACAACAGGCAAACCUCCUGCUUGCCAUUGAAUGCUUCUACAGUACAACUCCAUGUACUCCAAUAAAUGUGUUGCAGCUUGCAAAGAAACAAUAAGCCAAUCUUUUUUUUUUUGGGGUGGGGGAUCUGAAAGUAUCUAAUUUUUGUGUUUUUCAUUUUGGACUCAUAUUGAAUUAAAUAAAUUGUAGCAUUUAUCUUC